AUGAAAGUCUUGCUUGGUCUAACGGUUAUCGAUACGGGAUUCGAACUUGUGACCAUGGUGUGGGAUAGUUAUGAGUACGACGUCAUAGUACAAGGAGACCUCAAUGAUCCAUCGCGAAAGUUUCUUAUCAAGCCGCGUGGAAUAUCACCUGAAGAGGCAGAAAAAUUUAUUACUUCCGUGUUGAGAUCGUGCGAUAGUAUUAUAACAUUAAACGAUGCUGCAAAUAUGUUUGAUAACUCUACCGAGGUGUUGUCUUUGAGGAAAAAGAAAAGGUCCAAUGGUAGGAAGAAUCGUGAGAUCCCACGAAGUAGGCUUGGAGGAUCGAAUCCUGCCAUUCCUAAGGCAACAGCAAGGAAGCGAAAGAAAACUACCACGUCCACUUUUGCCAAUUCCCGUGCAAGGGAAACCUCUAGGCUCAUCCCACCAUCAGAAAUCUCAUUGGGUCCUUCGCCAAGCCAUAACUGGAGUGAAACUGACAGUUCUUCAUGUGACUAUGGCCAAAACGUAAUAAGUUCUUCUGGACGCUGUGUGGCAGAUGAACGCUCAGACAUUGAUUGGCAGGACCAAGGUGCUGAGGUCGAGCUAGACCACGCUUCUACAUCUCUACAAGAAACCUUCAGCUCGUGCCGUAGUGAAGCGAAUGGCACCGCGAGCGGUCAAAUAUGUGAAGAGUGGUGGCAAGACAGUCAUUGGUUCGGUGAUCCAUAUUCAAGCGACAGUGCAGAUUUCUCUGAGAGUCAAACAAUUCAAGCUGAGUCGAAUGCUUACACAGAAGACUUCAGUGAGCUUCAACCUACUGAAGCGCAAUAUCUACCUUUUUUGAUGUACUAUGAUGCUGAUUGUGCAUCUGAUAUGUGUGGACAAAUACCAAAGGCAGUUGGAGAUCACGUUCCGAAUGAUGGCUGUUCCACAUUUAACGAUCCUUUGGAAGAUCUUCGCAAUCUGUCGAUGGAGGCUUUUGCUGAGAUGUUUAAUAAUAGUCAUAGCACCACAUCUGCUGAACGAUGGUACGACUCGACUGCUGCUACUGGUCCAACACUUUCUACAGUUUCAUGCUUCAAUCUCAUGUGA